AUGCCCUUCUGCUUACUGCACACAGCUAAGCGGAAAUGUGCACAGCCUGUAGGUGAAGUCUUUCAACCCAACCGCAUCCAUAGGCGAUCCAAAGCCUAUGAAAAAAGGGGCGGACUGACAACUCAUGGGGCCCCCGGGCAAUAGAGGAUCAUGGGGCCCCUGUGUCCUUGCCCAAACUUAAAAAAGCCUAUGAAAAAGGUACCAGGGGCAUCUCAUGGGGGUCCCCCUACUGACCCUGCGCCCUCAGGCAGUGCCCGAGUUUCCAAAUGGUCAGUCCCUGCCCCGG